CAGAGGGGCGUUUCCUUGUUUCGGUUUGUGAAUAUGUUACAUCGUAUGACGGUCUCCACGUAUUGACAGACAUAACCGUGGACUGUGACAUUUACACUACUUUACACUGGCAGAAGAAAGGAAACGGUAUCCCCGAAAAACUAUGAACGGGAAACUGAGAGGACUGUUCCGGAGGCAACAUACAAAUGAACCCAUCACUGUGGAUCAAAUUAAGUUUGAAGCACUGAAAACUCUCAUUGGCGAAGAUAAGCUAAUGCGUUAUUGUGAUGUUCAGAAGGUUUCAGGUACGCAAAGACGGAUCAGUUUUACCAGGAACAACCAUGAAGUCCAAGACAUACUUCAACGAAUCCAGGGGAUCUUACAGGAUGAACUUAGUGUUGAUGAAGCUGAGCAUGUUAAAGUGGAAGCAGCUACUCAAGAUGCUCUUGUUGACAACGUUUAUAUAAAGUACCUCAAGACGCAGAACAAAAUUGUCAUUUUUGCGUCCGAAUGGGAAUUACUCCACAAAACAAAAAGACGAAUACAAAAACACUUUGGCCAGUAUAGAAAUUCACAUGGGCUCAUGAGGUUUAGAGAACCAGAUGUCGCAUUUCCAGAGGUUCAAGGAUUCACAAUGAGGGGUAAACUACUGACAAUCAAAACAUACACAGCCGCAUUGGACAGCCUGUCAGUUGAUGUUAUCGUCAAUCCUACAAACGAAACUCUUAUGCAAGGGAAUGAUCCAUUUCCUGAAGAUGCUGUGCAUGGAAGAAAGCUUUUUGAAAUCUUUAAGAAGAAAUCACCUAUUCCAGUCACAGACUUGACGGUAACAUGUCGUGGUGAUGACAGAGGGACUUUAGUCAUUUAUUGUCAUGGUUUGUCAUCAACGGCGGCAGCUACCAAAUAUCUGGAGAACCUGCACAGUACCAUUCUCAGAUGUCUUUGUGAAGUUUGGAAUAGAAGAUGUACUUCGAUUGCUAUUCCAGUCAUUACAUCAGCUGUCAUGGUUACCUCAGCGCGCCAGUGUGCUGAGACCUACGUGCGUGCUGUUAAAAGUUUUGACGAGAAUGUUAUUGGGGGUAGCCUGCGAGAGGUUCACUUUGUUGACUACAGUGACACGACCGUGAGACUAUUUGAAAAUGAGUUGAAGUCAGGAUGGUCGAUGUCUCCAACUGAAAAGAUACUAGAGAGAGAUAAACAAGUCAUCUCUGCAUAUUUGAAAACUUGAAGGAUACGACAUACAAUAUAUGUUCUAUGUUUCAGAGUAGCAUGUAAAUGCUUUGAACACAUUUUUUGUAAGAAGAGUUUAAACUUUCUGCCAAUAUGCAUGAAGGGAUAUGUAUAGAUUAAUAACUUUCACCAUUCAAUGAACUACGUGACAAAACGCAUAACAAUGUUGUUACGGUGAAGUAUGGUAAAUCUUCUACGAUUUGUUCCAGUAUGCUGAGCGAAGGAGAAUAAAUGGCUAAAUGUUUUGCAAUAUUUAAUAAAACAAGAAUAAACAAUAUAACAAA